CAUUGCCAACACGGUCAUGGAAUCGCGCAGUGUUCGCUUAUAUAAAACAGCUCUAGCAAUUGAACAUUACGAGCUAUUGUUCUGAUUUAGUAACAUAAAAUUCUGAUAAAGUAACAUAAAGCUCACUAGUUCGCGCUUUUGAGCGAGGUGUUUCCUUGCCUUACCAGGAAGUAUAAUAUAAUGCUACAGCGGAUGCAAUGCCAGUUCGUUGAACAAGCAAAAACAACUGCAACCAUGUUGAACGUUCGAUUUCUUAGGUCGCGCAUUCCCGCUGCGGCAGGCUGUCGUCAGCUUAAUUCAGGUAGCACUUCGGUUGCUCCGUCUGAACAGACUGGCGAGGCCGCGCCUACAAAUAAGAGCACACGGACAUUAAAUAUUUUCGGUGAACCCGAAGGCCUUAGUGAGGAGGAGAUUACUGCUAGACGCAAUAUCGCCCGUAUGAGUAGCCGAAUGUAUAAACGCAAAAUCAAGGGCGUUUACUUUGCUAAUCAGCCCCACGAUUUUUCUGUGCAGCAGCUUCGUUCCGAUUAUGUGACGUACGGUGCGGCUACUGGUAUUAACGCCGGGGUGUGUUGGCCUACCAAAAAAGAAAUGGCCGAUCUACACUUUAUUGAUAGUGAGUUUCAUCCGACCUUCGCCCAAAUGAAGGAGCGUCUCGAAACUCAAAAGAAAGAGGCGGCUGAAGCAAUAAUCGCCCGUGAAGAGGCUAUUGAGGGCAACUUAGCUAAGUUAGCUUCAUGGCGAAAGGAGAUGCUGGAGAAGGAGGAAAAAAUGCUUAGGGAAGAAGCAGAAAAGAAGGCAAUUAUGGAAGAACGUAUUCGAGAGGUGCGCGAGUAUAUUGGGUACAACGUCGCGCCGAGCGAUCCGAAAUUCAUCGAAGUCAUGGAAAUGAAAGACGCCGAGCGCAAGGCUGCUGCGAAGGAAGCUAGGAAAUUAGCCAAAAAGCAAAAAAUGAUAGAGAGGCUAAUGAGUGUCAAUACAAGUGCAGCUGAAAAGCAUGACGCGAGGUCGAAUACGCUGUUAGCGAAGCAAAGUACACCCCAAGUCCAGGGGAAUUCAGCGGGUUCAACCUAUGAGACAGCAAAAUCUCAAGUAGAUGGUGACAAAAAGGAACGAGAAUAGGUAGUCAGAGCUUAUAGCGAGUUUUUAGUAACAGGUACGAUAAUUGUUGAAAAUAACAAUAAUAACAAAUAUAUAAUGCAACUGAUAAAAAUGGCUGCGUAAAAUUAUAAAUAAAUAUAAUAUGGCGUGCAAAAGUAUGGAUACAAUGGAUAAAAGGGAGCUGCAUUUUUUUAAAUUAAUGUAUACAUGUAAAAUAAUUAUAUAUUCCCAGUAAGUAUAUAGUAAAACUAGAUAGCUUCCUUUAAGCUAGAACUACCCAUAAAAAAACUUUCGUACUGAAUGAACAAAUCUCGCCUUCGGAACUUCUGCGAUAGCACUACAUAUUAAAGUUAAUUUAAGCUCCUCUGAACGUAAAGCCCUGAACUUGACUAUGUUUUCCACUUUUUUUCCCUAUGUUUUGAAGGUAUUAUGUUUUAAGUUCUUCAAGACGCGUUGUCGGGUAAAUAAGGUAGCAAGAGGAUUUGGAGUUAUUCAGAGUAUGUAAUUAAUAUAAUUAUACGUAUAAUCUAGUAAUUAUAAUGUAUAAUUUUGUGAUUCUAUCCUGCCGUCUGCUUUAUUAUUAGCUGUACUCCAACGGAUAAGACAAGCUGAAAAAAUUUGACGCAGAAUCAUAAAUGUAUCGUGCAACCAUAUUCAUGCCCUUCACUUUCCACUACUAAUUACCGUACUCUACAAUUUUUUUUUGUCUGCUGCUGAUUCAACUGUCUUUCUAUUAUUUCUAUCACGGUAUUUCUUGUCGAGGUCCCUCAUGGGUGUCAGACGAACUAUCGGAUCUACACGUUGUGAGAUAAUGCUAGUAUUACACUUAACGGCUGGCGUUUAGGAAGCAUAGAAACAGAUAUAUAAAAUCAAUACUGUUGUAUAUUCGUUUAUAUCGGAAUAUAUGUUGAUUAUUACUCAGUGCGAUUCGUAAAUACCACAAUACUUCUGUGUUUUAGGUAGACGAAUAUGUGAUAAAAACGGUGAUAAGCUAUAUCAAACU